AUGCUCACCUCAAAUGACGUACCAAUUUUGUUACAACGAUUGCACAUUCAAAACGGCUAUCGGCCGAUGAACCAGCCCCGAUUCUACUACUACAAGAGUGCCUUUCAGGUCCAUAAUGAGCUGGUAAAUGUUUGGACGCAUUUCGUGCCGAUCCUCCUCCUCACCGUCUAUUACAUCAUCCCGGAAUUACAGUCGGAUGCACCGAGAUUCCCGGCUCUGUUGCUCCAUUUCGGGACGGUGUGCCUGAUGACCGGGAGCACGAUCGCCCAUUUAUUACAUUCCCGCUCACCCAUCGAUCAUGUCUUCUGGUUCUGCGUCGAUUUUGCCGGCAUCGGAAUUUGGAGCUUAACGAUUGGGCUGCAACGAUAUUCGGCUGAGCACGAGUCGGGGCUGCUCUUUGAUUGGCUUUACCUCCCGUCCCUCCUCAUCGUCGUCCUUCCCAUCCAAUUCAUGACGACUACCGUAUUUUUCGUGACGAGACCCCACUGGAAAAUGCGUAAUUUAAUCCGCCUGAUUGCCUGCCUUACUAUGGCUAUCUACCUGAACGCACCGCUGGUCCGCCGAUUCUGGACGACCCCCACCGAAACGUCGCCCUCACUGCAGAUGCACUCCCGCGCAUUCCAGUGGCUGCUCGUCUCCGGCAUUUUCAUGGGCGGUAACGUCCCGGAGCGCUGGUUUCCCGGACGGUUCGACCUUUUGGGCUACGGACAUCAGCUGUUCCACAUCUGCAUCAUCAUGGUCGCGUGGAAUCUGGUGGAUGCGGCCCAUUUGGACUGUGACCCCUCAACCGCUUCCCCAUUCUUGCCGAAAAAUCUGGCCACGCUGUUUGUGCUCCUCAUCGGAAUCGCCGUCAUCUUCGAGACGAUCAGACGGCUGAUGCGAUUCGCUAUCGAAAAAUAUGCCGAAAUGCCGAAUUCCGAAAAAGAGGAA